UCCAACCGGGACAGAGACACCAAGAUCUUCUACAGCAUCACAGGGCAGGGAGCAGAUGCCCCCCCCGAGGGCAUCUUCACCAUUGAGAAGGAGUCGGGCUGGAUGAAAGUGACGCAGCCGCUGGACCGCGAGCACAUCGACAAGUACCACCUCUUCUCCCACGCCGUGUCCGAGAACGGGAAGCCAGUGGAGGAGCCGAUGGAGAUCAUCGUGACGGUGACAGACCAGAAUGACAACAAGCCCCAGUUCACGCAGGAGGUGUUCAGGGGCUCUGUGCCAGAGGGAGCUCUGCCAGGCACCUCCAUCAUGCAGGUGACAGCCACGGAUGCGGACGAUGCAGUGGAGACCUACAAUGGUGUCAUCGCCUACUCCAUCCUCAGCCAGGAGCCACGGGAGCCCCAUCCCCAGAUGUUCACUGUCAACCGGGCCACUGGCACCCUCAGCGUGAUUGCCAGCGGCCUCGACCGGGAGCGUGUGCGGGAAUACACACUGACCGUGCAGGCAGCUGACCUGGAUGGGGACGGACUGACCACCACAGCGCUGGCCGUCAUCGAGAUCGCCGAUGUCAAUGACAACGCCCCCGAGUUUGACCCCAAAACGUACGAGGCGGCCGUGCCGGAGAACGUGGCCGGGCGGGAGGUGGCCCGGCUGGCUGUCACCGACCUGGACGAGCCCGGCACGCCGGCGUGGCGAGCUGUCUACUCCAUCCUGCGUGGCAAUGACGGGGGUGCCUUUGCCAUCACCACCGACCCUGCCACCAACGAGGGCAUCCUCCGCACCGCCAAGGUCUGUGCCACCCCGUGCCACCCCAUUGCUGCCCAGGGGGAGUCCUGCCUGUCCCACUCUCACUGCCCGUGUCUCCCCCUCUCCCAGGGUCUGGACUAUGAGGCCAAGCAGCAGUUUGUGCUCCACGUGGCAGUGGCCAACGAGGUCCCCUUCGUCGUGAAGCUGCCGAUGGCCACUGCGACGGUGACGGUCACUGUGGAGGAUGUCAAUGAGGCCCCGGUGUUCGUGCCGCCGGUGCAGCUGGCCACGGUGUCAGAGGAUGCGCCCCCGGGGCAGACCCUCACAGCCUGCACGGCCCAGGACCCUGACAAGGCGCAGGACCAGAGGAUCAAGUAUGUGGUGGGGCACGACCCGGCGGGCUGGCUGGCCGUGCACCCCGAGAAUGGCCUGGUGACCGCGCGGGACCACCUGGACCGCGAGUCCCCCUUCGUCAAGAACAGCACCUACAUGGCUGUGCUGCUGGCCGUGGAUGAUGGCUCACCACCGGCCACGGGCACGGGCACGCUACUCCUCACCCUGCUCGAUGUGAACGACAACGGCCCCGAGGCCGAGCCACGGGACAUCACUGUGUGCCAGCGCAGCCCCCAGCCCCAGCUCCUCACCGUCACCGACCGGGACCUGCCCCCCAACACCGGCCCCUUCCGUGCCGAGCUCACCCACGGCUCGGAGGACAGCUGGGCUGUGGAGGUGGGGGACACAGGUGACACGGUGACGCUGCAGCUGGUGGCACCGCUGGAGCCGGACACCUACAGCGUGUACCUGCGGCUGCUGGACCAGCCGGGCCGAGCCCAAGUGACCGUUGUCACCGCACGGGUCUGUGCCUGCGAGGGGCAGGCACAGGGCUGUCCCCAGAGGUCCCAGCCUGUCACCGCCCUGCCCUUCGUCCUCGCCGCCCUGGGCGCGCUGCUGGCCCUGCUGCUCCUCCUGCUGCUGCUGCUGCUCUUCAUGAGGAGGAGGAAGGUGACGAAGGAGCCGCUGCUGCUGCCCGAAGAUGACACAAGGGACAACAUCUUCUACUACGGGGAGGAGGGUGGUGGCGAGGAGGACCAGAACUACGACCUGCGGCAGCUGCACCGGGGGCUGGACGCCCGGCCCGAGGUGAUCCGCAACGACGUGGCCCCCACCCUCCUGCCAGCCCCGCAGUACCGGCCCCGCCCCGCCAACCCCGACGACAUCGGCACCUUCAUCGACGAGAACCUGAAGGCGGCCGACACGGACCCCACGGCCCCGCCCUACGACUCGCUGCUGGUGUUCGACUACGAGGGCAGCGGCUCGGAGGCCACCUCGCUCAGCUCCCUCAACUCCUCGGCCUCCGACGGCGACCAGGACUACGACUACCUCAACGACUGGGGCGGCCGCUUCCGCAAGCUGGCCGAGCUCUACGGCGGCGGCGAGGAGGACGAUUUACCGGGGGCCGGUGGGCACUGGAGGUACCACGGUACCGGGGACCGUGGGAGAAGUACCGCACCGGUACCGUGGGGGGUUCCGGGAUACCGGGCGUCGGAGGCACCGGGAAUACCGGGGUUCCGGGUGCGGGCGGGGCGGGACCGCCUCCCGUCGGGGCGGGACGGGGCGGUUCUCGGCGGGGUCGACACCUGCGAGGAGGGAUCGGGAGGGGACCGGACGCACCUGCGACUUCGUGGCGGCAGCGCCCGAUCCCUCCGGCACCAACCGGCACCGGCAGCGGCUCCGGCCAUGGGGCGGCGGGCGGGUUGCUCGGUCCCGCUCUGCCUCCUCGUGCUCCUGCUCCAGGUGAGCCACGGAACGGGGCGGCAGGACCCCGCCGAGACCCUGCCCGGGGCGGCGGGACCUCGCUCGGGACCCUGCCCGGUGCUAACGUCUCUGUCCGGGCAGAGCGGGCAGCGGCUGUGCCAGCGGGCAGCGUCGUGCCAGCCCGGCUUCGCCGCCGAGACCUUCGCCCUGACGGCGCCGCGGGACAGCGUGGCGGCGGGACGGGCACUGGGACGGGUGAGCUUCAUGGACUGUGGCGAGUCGCGCCGUGCCGCCUUCCUCCCGGAUGACACGCGCUUCAAGGUGAGCAGGGAUGGCAUUGUCUCUGCCACCCGGCCCCUGCAGCUCCAGCAGCGGGACAUCACCUUCGCUGUGCACACCUGGGACACCACGGGCAAGAAGCAUUCGGCCAAGGUGACCCUGCGCCCCCGGCGGCACCAGCACCGGCACCACGAGCGCAUGCAGCAGGGCACAGUACCAGACGUGCUGAUCUUCCCGGAGCAUGGACACGGCCUCCGGCGGCAGAAGAGGGACUGGGUCAUCCCCCCCAUCAACUGCCCUGAGAAUGAGCGGGGACCCUUCCCCAAGAAGCUGGUCCAGAUCAAAUCCAACAAGGACAAGGAGACCAAGGUUUUCUACAGCAUCACGGGGCAGGGAGCGGAUACCAUCCCCGUGGGUGUCUUCAUCAUCGAGCGGGAGACGGGGUGGCUGGAGGUGACAAAACCCCUGGACCGGGAGGAGAAGGACAAAUACGUGCUCUACUCCCACGCCGUGUCGGCCAACGGGCAGCCCGUGGAAGACCCCAUGGAGAUCAUCAUCACCGUCACUGACCAGAACGACAACCGGCCCGUCUUCACCCAGCAAGUCUUCGUUGGCUACAUUGAGGAGAACGCAAAGCCAGGCACAUCUGUGAUGACCGUGAACGCUACGGAUGCAGAUGAUGCGAUCAAUGUGAACAACGGCAUCAUCGGCUACUCCAUCCAAAGCGAGGAGCCCAAGGGUGCCCAGCGCAUGUUCACCAUCAAUGCCGAGAAGGGCAUCAUCAGUGUCAUUGGCACAGGACUGGACCGGGAGACCACUCCCAACUACACGCUGAUCAUCCAGGCUGCAGACCAGGAAGGCACUGGCCUGACCAACACUGCCACUGCCAUCAUCAAAGUCACUGAUGCCAAUGACAACCCUCCCGUCUUCGACCCCUCCACGUAUGAGGAGGCAGUGGACGAGAACGAGGUGGGGGUGCUGGUGGCCCGGCUGCAUGUGACAGACCAGGACCUGCCAGGCUCCCCGGCCUGGCGCGCCGUCUACCGCAUCCAGAGUGGGGACCCGCAGGGCAACUUCGAGAUCACCACUGACCCCAAAACCAACGAUGGGCUCCUGAAAACUGCCAGGGUGGGUCCUGCUGCCACACGGCUGCCCCAGCACCAGCUGACUCCCUGCUGGCACUACCUGGAUUCUCUCCCCCCCCAGGGCCUGGAUUAUGAGACCCAGAACCGGUACAAGCUCGUGGUGUCAGUGCAGAAUGAGGUCCCCUUCACCGUGGCCCUGAAUCCUGCCACAGCCAAUGUCCUGGUGGUGGUCAGGGACGUGAAUGAAGCCCCGAUCUUCAUACCCCCAGUGAAGCAGGUGGAGGUGAUGGAGGAUGUGCCAGUGGGAUACCAGGUCACCUCCUACACAGCCCAGGACCCCGACAAGGACCAGAGACAGAAAAUCACGUAUCGCAUGGGCAGCGACCCUGCAGGGUGGCUGGCCAUUGACCCUGAGAACGGCAUCGUCACGGCAGCCCAUCCGCUGGACCGGGAGUCGGCACAUGCCAUCAACAGCACCUACAAGGCCAUCGUCCUGGCCGUGGACAACGGGUCACCAAACUACGGCACCGGCACGGGGACACUGCUCCUCCUGCUUCAGGAUGUGAAUGACAACGGGCCCGUGCCGGAGCCCCGCAGCUUCGACAUCUGCAACCGGCAGCCCGAGGAGCAGACGCUGAAGAUCAUCGACAAGGACCUGCCUCCCAACACCCACCCCUUCAAGGCAGAGCUGAUGCACGGCUCUGGCAGCAACUGGACUGCCAGCAUGACCUUUUCCAACCCAAAUGAUUCUGUGGUUCACCAAGACGAGGUGAAGCUGAGCAUGAAGAAGGAGCUGGAGCCGGGCGAGUACAGCAUCUUCCUGAAGCUGCUGGAUGCGCAGGGCAAGGAUCAGAUCACGGCAGUGCGAGCCCAGGUGUGCAGCUGCGAGGGGCCAGCCAAGAACUGCGAGCGGCGAGCGUACAUCUCCGGUGGCAUGGGCGUGCCCGCCAUCCUGGGCAUCCUGGGGGGCAUCCUGGCGCUGCUCAUCCUCCUGCUGCUGCUGCUGCUCUUCGUGAGGAGGAGGAAGGUGGUGAAGGAACCACUGCUCCCCCCCGAGGAUGACAUGAGGGACAAUGUGUACCACUACGACGAGGAGGGCGGUGGCGAGGAGGACCAGGACUACGACCUGAGCCAGCUGCACCGGGGGCUGGACGCCCGGCCCGAGGUGAUCCGCAACGACGUGGCCCCCCCGCUCAUGGCGGCCCCGCAGUACCGGCCCCGUCCCGCCAACCCCGACGAGAUCGGCAACUUCAUCGACGAGAACCUGAAGGCGGCCGACACGGACCCCACGGCCCCGCCCUACGACUCGCUGCUGGUGUUCGACUACGAGGGCAGCGGCUCGGAGGCCACCUCGCUCAGCUCCCUCAACUCCUCGGCCUCCGACGGCGACCAGGACUACGACUACCUCAACGACUGGGGCGGCCGCUUCCGCAAGCUGGCCGAGCUCUACGGCGGCGGCGAGGAGGACGAUUAGGGACCCCCAGCCCACUGCUGUCCCUGCCUCAUUUCACCUCUCUGGACUCACAUCGGUCUCUGUCCGGCGUGGCCAAAGCCCCUCCAACACCUCCUGAACCCAGUGCCCGUGUCUCCCUCACUGAGAAAAGCUCAGGCUCGCCGGGGAUGGGGAGGUUUUGGGGUAGUCUGGGUGUUUCCUGGCCCCCUUGGCUCCAGGGCAUGGAAGAGUUUAGUCCGUUCCCUAUCCUGGGACUGAGGUGAUCCCAGCUGUGGGGGGCGGGAUCAGGUCCUUCUUCCCUUUUCCAUGAGGGGAACAAGGGUUUCUUGGCGCUCUCCAAAAUACCUCAUGCUGCCAGCCCCACACAGGCUCGGACCGUGAACCUAGUGAUGGAGAAGUGCAAUGAGGUACUUGAUCAACACAGACCAAAGAUGCACCCUCAUAGAGAAUUGUAUUUACUACAGUAUGUACAGCCAG